AAUAUAUUCUUUAACUCCUAGGUUAAAGAAAUUAUUCUGUGAUCGAUUCAAAUUGUUGAUACUGAUAAAACUUGAAACAAAUCAAAAUAAAUAUAUAAUGUUUAAUGCCGAACUUAUUGACUUCAAAAUAGUGUAUAAUGUUCUUAGAGGAGUAAAUAUGCAGGAAUAUGCAAUUUUGAAACCAAUGGAAGAAGGUCUCAAAAUAACUUUAGAAGAAAUGAAAUGCACAGAAACUUCUGUUUAUUUUCCAUGUAACAUGUUCUCCUUAUAUGAAUUGAAAUCAGAUGAGGAUAUAUCCUUCAAAAUCAAUCUGAAGGUUUUCACUGAAUGUUUGAAUAUAUUUGGCGAUGAUGGAAACUCUAGUUUGAAAUUAAGUUAUAAGAAUCCAGGAGCACCUCUAAGUCUUGUAAUGAAGCAUUUGGAAGAGAAUAUAAUUGUCGAUUGUGAAAUCAAUACUUUUUCCACCGAUGAUUUCCCAAAUAUCUCGUUGGCUGAGGAAUGCAAUCUGAACAAAAUGGUAGUGAACGCUAAUAUUUUUCAAGAAUUGUUAUAUAGGCUAGAUAAUUCUGCUGAUGAGGUGAAUAUAAAAAUGUCACCAGAUCCUCCUUAUUUCACUUUAACAGCGACUGGUAGAUCUGGAGAAUCACUUGUUACCAUUUCCAAGAAUUCUGAAGAAGUUUUUGUGUAUCAAUGCCAAAAAGAAACUGAAGCUCAAUGCCUCUUUUCUAACCUCAAACAACUUCUGAAAAUACUCAGUUAUUCAAGUAAAAUAUCUAUAUCCAUGGGAGAGACAGGACUGCUUGGAAUACAACUGGUGAUAAAUUCUGAUGAAAAACAAAUGUAUGUAGAAUAUUAUGUUACUUCACUUGUUACCGAUUAAAAAUAGCUCAUUAAUGCCAGUUUUUCACUUGGCCCUUUGGACAGUUAAUUGAUAAAUGAAAAUGUGCAUCAUGAGGCACAUUUGUCCCUAUAAUAAAAAAUAUCAGUCUUGAAAAUGUAAGAGAAUGGUUAGGUUAUUUGGAGGAGAGAAUAUUUUCAAGAUUUGGAUACUUUUUUAAACUUUAUUCAAUUUAAUUAUAAUGCCAGCACUUUGAAUCAAUAUUUUCUCAAGUUUGUACUCUGAAUUUGUAAAUGCACUGAUUUAAAACACAUUAAAAAUUAAUUGAACAAUUCUAUAUCCACAUAAUAUACGCAAAUUCAUACUAAAACUAAAUUAAACAAAAGACAAGUAAAUUAAAAUUAUAAUGUAAUUAGAAAAGACAAUGUUACUUUAUUUAAAACAAUUUUAUAUAUUUUUUU